AUCCAGUUCUCUUUAGUGUUUGCCAAUGUUGGAGGUGUAACUGGGGUCUGGCCCUGGACAAAGGAAUAGAGCAUGGCUCAAGUGAAAGUACAGACCUCAGCACCCUUGGCUGGUCCUGGCCUUUCACCCGGAGUUUCCCCUACAGCCAUGGCCAGCCCAGGAUCCCUGGGUCUGCAGUCCUCCGUCAACGGCACAGGCCCGGCCCCCACACCCGCCUGCCCCCCUGCUCCUGCAGUCAGAUAUGGGGACGCCCCUGUGUCUGCCACCUCGCCAGGCCCGCCCCAGGAGAACAUGGCAAACCCUAAAGAGAAAACUCCAAUGUGUCUGGUGAAUGAGUUAGCCCGUUUCAACCGGAUCCAGCCACAGUACAAGCUCCUCAAUGAGAGAGGCCCUGCACACGCUAAGAUCUUUACGGUGCAGCUGACUCUUGGGGAGCAGGUGUGGGAGGCAGAGGGCACCAGCAUCAAAAAGGCCCAACACUCCACCGCUGCCAAAGCACUGGCUGAGAGCGUCCUCCCCAGGCCAGCGCCCCGAUCCCCCAAAGUUGACAUCAACAGCAACCCAGGCAGUAUUACACCCACAGUGGAGCUGAAUGGUCUGGCUAUGAAGAGAGGGGAGCCUGCUAUCUACAGACCUUUGGAUCCCAAACCCAUGCCCAAUUACAGAGCUAAUUACAACUUCAGAGGGAUGUUUAACCAAAGGUACCAUUAUCCUGUUCCUAAGAUCUUCUAUGUGCAGCUGUCUGUGGGGAGUCAUGAGUUUAUUGGCGAGGGUCGCACCCGCCAAGCCGCCCGACACAACGCUGCCAUGAAGGCCCUGCAAGCCCUGCGCAACGAACCAAUCCCUGAACGGCCACCACAGAGCCCGGAGGAAAAGGGGGAGACUGACGAAGGGACGGAUGCCAGCAAGUCAGAGAUCAGCCUGGUUUACGAAAUUGCCCUCAAGAGGAACUUGUCCGUUAACUUUGAGGUGUUGAAGGAGAGCGGCCCCCCACACAUGAAAAGCUUCCUGACCCGCGUCACCGUGGGGGAUUUCUCCGCGGAGGGCGAGGGCAACAGCAAGAAGCUGUCCAAGAAGCGUGCUGCUCUGUCCAUCCUGCAGGACCUGAAGAAGCUGCCCUUCAUACCCACUGUGGAGAAACCGAAGACGCACUACAAGAAACGAACCAAGACCAUCCUCAAGACGGGACCUGACUAUGGCCAAGGCAUGAACCCCAUCAGCCGUCUAGCCCAGAUCCAGCAGGCCAAGAAGGAGAAGGAGCCCGAGUACGUGCUUCUCUCUGAGAGAGGGAUGCCUCGACGUCGGGAGUUCAUUAUGCAGGUGAAGGUGAAUAACGAGGUUGCCACGGGAACGGGGCCGAACAAGAAGGUGGCCAAGCGGAACGCGGCCGAGGCGAUGCUGCUACAGCUGGGAUACAAGGCCUCCACAGCCCCACAGAGCCCCACCGAGAUGGACAACAAAGGCUGGAACGGACAAAAGGCGUCUUUUACCGAAGCGACAAGUAACACUCAAAAGGGUCUGCUCCACCUAAGCCCGGACGUCUAUCAGGAGAUGGAGGCCAGUCGAAAGCAAGGUGGCACGGCUCCCGGACCCGGGGUCGGCGGCGGCGGCGGUGGUGGCGGAUCCGUCAACUACAUGGCAUCCAAAGACAUGGGGCCCUGCUCUGCCCCAUUACCCCCUGGACACGCUCCCUAUUACAGCGGCUCUUCUUCCUCACCCAGCCCGACCGCCACCAUGGCCAGGGAGCUGCUGCUUAACGGUCAGUCGCCCCCGGCUGAUGCAACUCUGCCCAUGAAGGGAAAAAACCUGGCCUGUGGCGUCUCGGUGCAGCCAGCACAGCAGCUGGACUACCUGGCUCGCAUCCAGGGCUUCCAGGUGCAGUACAGUGAUGCGCAGAGUGGUAAGGAUUUUGUGACCUAUCUGACCCUCUCCCCUGUGCAAAUGACUUUCCACGGCACCGGGAGCACCCUACAAGCCAGCCAUGACCAGGCUGCUCUAAGUGCCUUGAAACAGCUGUCGGAGCAGGGACUGGACCCGGUGGACGGCCCCAUCAAGGUACGACCAGUGAACCAUGUGGGAGGGAGGACGGACAUUAAACAGACUAACUCAGGCACCACCACUCAGGUCUGCAAGGAUUCAAAGGCUGUCGUCUAGGAGCUGACAACCCCAAACCCUUCCUUCGACAUACACCAACCCUGAUCCCGAAAACCCCGUAACCCACAUUGUCCCCCCCCACCCCACCCCACCCCUGCCCUCCCCACCCCACACAACCCCUUCCUCCUCCUCCUCCUCCUCCUCCUCCCCCAACCCCACGAUCGCCACUGUAUCCUGUAAAACCUGUCAACAUGCAAUAGGGUGGAUGUGCACCGAGAAAUGACCGACUAAAACACAAUUACCUGAGUCUAUGUGAAGACAACGCUAACACGUUUCUCGAUGAUUUCAAAAUUUACAGGACAAAAAACACAAAACUAACAAAUGCAUGGUACUGUAACAAACCGAGUCCAAAGCGAUACUACGCCGCAUAGACAAUUUUCCCUUUGGAUAACUUGUUGGUAUGGUUAAAACAAAUAUGUACGUCAUGCCAUUGAAAUACAAAAGAAAACAUUUUAGGGGAGAAACCAACUUGCAUACAGUAGCUUUUUUUUUUUUUUUCAGGGGUAUUACGUUUCCCUUUUUUUUUUUUUGUUUUUUUCUUUUGUUAUUUUAUUAAUCUAACAAUGCUUGAGUACUGUAUUUAAAAUUAACCAAUGCCAGUGCUGUGAAAGUUGUAGUUGUUGUCUUCAUAUAUAGUCACCCAGCUUACAUUGUAUGCUGAAAUAAAAAAAAAAAAAGAGUUCAUCUAUCUAUAUGGAUGUGUAUGACUUUGCAAGAAAUAUUCCGAAAAAUAACACAAAAGUUUUUUCAUGUGGACGACAAAGGACAAAACUGGUGUUAGCAGUAAUCCGUAGAAGCGUGUCCCACCCAGCGAGGAGUGGUCUACCUGUCCUGUUUUAACAUGACCCCCACACUGGCAUAGCAUCACUGGAGCGGCCCCCCCCCCCCUCCCCGAGUAGCAGCCGCCGUUGUACUUUUUAUCCAGAAUAAAAGAGGCCAGUUUUAAUCGACUAUGGCUUUUUUUUUGCGCACAUCCUCUAAUGCCAGUAAAGUUUUAACACAGAGAGUUUUGUAACGGGGCUGCGUGUCCUCCAGUGAACGAAAAAGUCCUCUCCAUUCCAGUGAUUUUGUGCCAGUGGAUCGCCCCCCUCCGCCCCCCUCCUUUUCCCCUCCCCUUUCCCCACCCACAGUUUUUGUCGAUCACAUCUACACCCAUUGUGUGUGUUGUAUUGACCCGCCAAGGCAUCAACUGGGUGCUUUUAAUGCCUGCAUUCUGGAGCGCGUCUUUUCCGAGCGGAGGGGGCCCGCGGCCCCGACCUGCCGGCCCCCUCCCCCUCCUAAAGGCUGCCCUCGGACCACUUUGUCCACUGACAUUGAGGAUGUGUCUUCUUCUUCGCUGUGAGUGCAAUGUGUAAUAAGGUUGUUUCUGUUACUGAAAUGCAGUAAAAACACCUCAGUUCAUGUGAAAAAAAAA